AUGUUCCGCCUAAUCUUCGUGUUGACUUUAGGAUUGUUCUUGGCCAGUUCCCUUAAAACAUCAGAGAAUAAUUCAACUGCGGACCAGGUAAUCUAUGAAUCAAGUUACAAGUAAGUGAUGAUUGUUCUUCUUUAAUUCCAGCAAUCCUCUCUUGAAAGUUUUAGAGUCGUUGUACCCAGCCAUGAUUUAAAAUAGAUGAAUUGAAUUGCGAUAGCGCACUCCGUCUCAAGCAACGAGAGGUUCUUUCAGGUUAAUCAGUAUAUUAUUAAUGAAAGUGCUGCCCAUCAGCAGCGGCUUUUUUAGUUGCUAAAAAACAGUUACAUGUUACGUGCGAAAUGUUUAAUUAAAAAAAAACCAGCUAAUUUUUCAAGGUUCUUUUCCUUUAAGGCCAUUUUGCCAACUCUCGAAGCUAAAGGAUAAGGAUCGAAAUUCAGUUAUUUUAAGUUCAAAGCGCUGCCGGUAAACCCGUCCCACAUUCUACACCCGUAUGGACAAUUUUCUAGGGAUAUCACUGUAAUUGUCAAAUCCAUCCCUUGAGCUGGUGCAUUUGUUCUCAGGAAUAUGAGAAAGGCCGAUUCGCAGUGCAGAUCGAACUUGUCUUGAAAUCCUCCUAUCUUGCUGUAGAAAACGUUACACGACAGCCUGAGAAAAGCAAUAGCUACGCCAUAACCACGAAGUCGACUUAAAUCCGGAGCAGAUGGUUCGGCUAAGAAAGUUGAGAAAUCGAUGACAUGGCAUUUUUUGUCGCACGUCCUUGCAUCUUUACGGAGCAAGCUCCUGAUCUUUAUCAAAUUUACUUGACGUAGACGUGCGCAUGACACACCAAUCGACUGUUGUUCUUUUAAUGGCCUGCCCCUCACCCCCCCACCACCACCCCAAACGUUACCUCUAAAGGCGCUAAAAUUCAAAGAAGAAAUAAACCUGAAACAGCAAAGUGAGUUAACAAACCUGAAAACGAAGCCAAAUUUUUCGUGGUAUCUUUUUAAGUGGGGCUCCCACGUGCUCCCGUCUCGCACUUACGUUUUAUCGAUUUUUCCCCGAAGACAAAGCUAACGAUGGAAGAGACCUGUGUAGAGUCAGCAUUUUUCUACUACUAAGGUGGUCUAAACCAGGAUGGAUGACCAAACAAUCAAAUCCGACUCCCCAACCCACCCCAACAAUCACAUGCACCACCAACACUACCACGAUCACACGAAAUCUCUCCUUGAAUAUCCUAGUGUCUAGAUUUUCUUUACACUCUUCUUGCAGAACGAUGGAAGUACAGCAAGAAAACACAGCUGUUUGUCACAAGUAACCUGCUGUAAGUCCUGUAAAGAUGGUAAGCGGAAAAAUUACACAGUAAUUUUUAGGGAGUUAUUAUAACUCCAAAAAUGAAGUAAACAUUUUACGUACAGGAUAACCCCUUUUAUGGGGUUAAUUUAACUCCUAAUUUAACUCCAAAUUUGGGGUCAUUUUUACUCCUGAAAAAGAGUUCUUUUAACUCCCAGUCUGUAGUAAAAACCGAAAAUAGGGUUAUUUUAACUCCUCAAUAUCUGGGGUGAUUUUUACUCCUGAAAAAGAGUUCCUUAAACUCCUUUUUGGAGUUAAAAUGACUCCCCCAAAAAUAACUCCACUGUAAGGAGAGAAAUUAAGCCCACUGGAGGAGUUAAUAACUCCUUGAAAAUUACUGUGAAGCCAAUAUAAAAGACAUCUUCUGAACAUUUUCUAAGAAGAAAAAGGAAAUUUCAUUUUCAGUGAUAUUGGUAGGUCACUUUUGCUGUAUUUACAUCGGCUGAUAAUCUCAUUUAUUUUAUCUUUUUAAUUAAAUAUCAGGCAAAGACGGUAAAGAUGGAAAAAACGGUGAGUUGACACAAGGCCCUUCUCCAUUUAAGAGUAAUUACAUAUACCCCUUUCAUUAAUUCUGAAAUCACUGUGACCUUCAAGUAUCACUGGAACAUUUUAUGCGGGCUACUUUUUAUGUAUACCUUACACAAAAAAUGGCACUUCUACAGAACAUGCUAUGAUGAAAAAGGAAUUAGACAAGCUGAAGAGUCAAACAUUUGGUUUAUAACUGAGGAAAAGUCCCUACCGUUUGAUAUACCAGCAUGGUAGCCUUUUUGUUGGAGCUUCCCUUUAUUAAUCAUAGCCCGCAUCAUGAUAUAAAGGACUACUCAGAUAAAUUCUUUACUGUCUUUACUAGCAAGACUGUUGCUCAUCAUGUUUUGGAUAAAGCGGCCCCAAUUUAUUUCAGUUCGCUUUGGUUAUAUUAUAUAAUGAAACUAUCUAUUUUGUUUCUGUUCACACAGGCAAAGACGGGCGCGAUGGACUACCUGGUAAAAUAGAAUAGCAACUCCUGCUAGGCUACGAUUUGAUGUUAGCAAAUUGCUUCCAGAACUGAAGCCGAGUUCAACUUGUGUAGCUUUGUGUGAACAUGCAUCACGUCCAGAACAUGUUUUUUUUUUUUGCCAUAUUCAUUAUAAUCGAUAAGAAUAGCUGUUGACUGUUUAGUGCAGUUUUUGAGGUGUUUGUUUUGAUUUUUCUUUUCGCCUAAAUUGAUCCGUGCUCAACUUAUUUUGUGCAAGCUAUUUUGACAUUUCAGAAGUAUAUAGCAUUUUUUUGCAUUGAAUAUACGUCACAAGAAAUCUAAAUCCAUAGAUCUCGGACAUCUUAGUACUACAAUGUAAAUAUCUGCCUUUGCUACAUUUAAACACAGGAAGAGAUGGCCGCGACGGACGCGAUGAAAUGCUGCCAGGAGCAAAGGUUGGUGGGUGUUGUUAUGAUCAAAAAUUGUUCAACGAACGAGAACUCAGACUCCUCAGCGCUCGACUGAUCUGAGUCGUAAACGUAAUUUAGCGCCGAUACAUAACUCGGUAUUACUACGCUAUUUACUUAGAAUGUCGGAGUUGAGGUUUUGAACUUUCUAACAGCAACUACGCCAAAAAGCUGAUUAAAAAAGACUUAACUCUUAGACGUUAUGCAGGCAAAGCUAUGUCAAUACCUUAAAAGAAAAAGGCGAGGCAUGCGAAUGAUGGCAAUUUCAGAGUAUUAUAUUCAAAGGAUUGAUAGGGUUCAUUUACCAUUUGCCUCAAACCAGUCGCAACAGUAUGGUAGUCGCACGUUUAAUCCGCUUGCUGUUCAUGGUUCGAUUGCUCAGUAGUAAUUGGUGCAUUUUGCUGCUCGCUCACAGCUAAUGGAUUUUGAUCCUCAUAUAAGUUUAUGACAGUAUAACUCGUAAAGACGAGAACUCGUGCAUCAUGUGCGAACGACUGUGUGAAACAAGAAUUCAAACACUCACACUCGUUGUUACCUUGCUUUUUUGACAUGGUUUAUAUUUUUGUAGGAAGAUAAAGGUGAUAUUGGCGUGCAAGGACGAGAUGGAGAACCCGGUAUUAAGGUUUGUAAAUAUUUUUUUAGUUAGGGCAAAUAACUUCCGAGAAGAAACCACCAAUGAGAUGACUUGACGAAAGUAGCUAGACGGCAAGGAGGCCUUCAUCCCGCACAGAACACCAUGAAAAUCUCGCUAACUACCUAAUUUAUUACCUAUCCGAAAGAAUGAUGAUUUCUGUACUUAAUGUUUGCCUUUUCUAUCUGAUUUUUGAUACAUAAAAACAACGCAACAAAAUGAAAUAGGCAAGAGAUGCUAUCGGACCGUGUUUCCUCAGUGUUUUGUGCUUGUGCCUGUUGAACACUGAAUAUUUGCUUAGUUAAUUCACCUAGGCAAUACAGUUGUUCUGAAAUAUUCAUGGAAUGUAAGGUAUUCACAUUAUAUAACUUGUAUAACACUUAAAUAUUCAAAAUAAAGUAACAAUAUAGUAAUUCGUCCCCCCUUCCUUUUAUUUGUAUUCAUAACGUCAACCUCUUCCCCAGUGCUUUUCCCUUAAAAAAUGGGUAAGGGAAAAGCCCUGGGGACGAGGUUGUCAUAAAGUGGGAUGGCGUUAGUUUCAAAAGGCCAAUAAAUCAUUGCUAACACAAUUAAUUUCGCUUUCUAAUUGUAUUAUUUAAUCUGCGGAUAGAGCUAUCCACUUUUUUCUGUAUUUCUUUAAGGGCGAGAAAGGAUCUCCUGGCAACAAAGGAAGACAAGGAGAAAAAGGAGAACUAGGACCGAAAGGAGUGCCGGGAAUAUGUGAUCCACAGGUUCUCUAAAAGAGUAUUUAAAAAAAUGGAUAUGAAUUCUAUUUUUCUUCAGCUUCUUUAUAAUUAUUAUUAUUAUUAUUUUCACCCAAAAUCAUGGUUUGUUUUUUUGUUCGUUUGGAUAUACAGUUUAAAUAGCUUUUAAAUUAUCUCAGCUAUGAAAUUAAUAGGGAAACUGUUCUUGUGCUAAAAAUGCAAACUCUUUUCUUCUUGAAUACCGCAGGGUUCCUCUUGUAGUAAAUCUGCCUGCUGUAAAACUGGUAAGCAAAAUUCCGAUAUACAGCUAUUUCGAGAAAGGUUGUCGGAAAAAAUAUGCACGCGACAAUCCCGAAAGGUAAUAUGGGAUAUGAUCAAUAUAGAGUUCCUCACACUGCAGCUGUCGAACCUACUUUUUUUGCUUUCCUUCAGCACUCGUAGACAUAUAUCCAUGGCCUCUUGCCCUCUUUCAAAUUUCUUUGAAGAACAGUGAACUAAAAACCACCCACAAUACCAUUCGAGAUUGUCGCGUGAACUUUUUCCAACAAUCUUUCUCGAAAUAGCUGUAUGCCAUCAUAAAAUUCUCUACACCUGCAGUUUCUUAGCACUUAUUUUGCAAAGGUCAGCAAGGUUGCUGUAACGUUUCGCCUUUUGUUUUCUCCUGUGACGUAGAAAGUCGAUGUGUCUUAUUGACCAAGCCUGAGGUCAAAAUGGCUAGAUAUUAGCCAACUUCGAACUCCACAAAAGCGGGGAGGAAACGAGGCCAAUUAACUGAACAGGCUUGAUCAAUAAUUGAUUUAUUAUAUAGCCAAAAACAGUUUAUGGUGGGGAAAGAAAGUGGGUAAGACAGCUAUAUCUUGCCUGAACGCGUAGCUAAUCAGAACACAGAAUUCGCCUCAUCUUGCCUCCUUGCGGAGUCAGCUUUACAAUAAAAAAGCUAUCUUGAUUCAACAAUCUUAGACAAUAAAGAGUUGGAUAUAUGGCCAAGAUAAAUAUUUUUCUUGCGUAAACUUGGCGGGCAUUCCCGAUAGGGUAAAAUAAGCAGAAAGUAAUCCAAUCAGAACACAGUAUUCCGGCGGUUAAUCAUGCGGGUAAGUGAAACCAGCCAUACUAUAGAUAGACUUCUCAGACAUGUUUUAUAACUCAUAAAGAAAAUACAAAGGAAAUUAAUGUUUAAUGAGUGAUUGAAAAUCAGAUGAAAAACUGCUCAUUUUUGCAUCCUUAAUUUGUCCUUCUAAAAUCGUUUUGUUUGAGAAGUAAUAUCAAGCAUUCGACACAGUGUUUCAUCACCAGAUGAAAAACCUCGAAAUUCGACAAAAAUACUCCGCUCGGCGUCGUAUUUUCAACUCUCUUUUCAGUGUUUCAUCUGGUGAUGAAACACUGCGCCUCAUGCUUGAUAUAUUACAUAAAGAAAUGCAAUGCCAAUUUCAGCACCGAAGCACACGAGCAAACUCCGCGGUAUCAGUGCCUUACACACGCGCACAACCAUAUCGCCCCCAACAGUGGUAGCCAUGGACAGCUGUUUCGUGCUCAUAAUAAGUGACUUAUUAGCAUAGCAUAACCCCCUGGCGAGAGGUCUCACUUUCGAUCAUCGACCCCGCCGCUGGUAUUGUUUAUAAAGAAAUGCACUAAAUCGGCGUUACCUCUUUCUUUCCUCUUGACAAAGGGAGCUACGCUGGUUCCCAGUUCCACUUGUUUGAGAAAGUUCAAGAUCUAUCAACCCGAGGAGCUACUAGUGUGGAACAUUUUAUUAUUAACGGGUCGCUGUUUCUUGCUUUUGCUGAGUUUAUUUAUUAUCUAAAGUCUAACUCCAAUAUCUACAAAAUGGAUGAAUCAACAGGAAGAUUUAAGUUAUAUCAAACCUUGCAAAAUAAUGCAUCUUUUGACAUUGAAUACUUUACAAUCGGGAAAAAACACUUUCUCGCUGUGGAUAGUGUAUUCCAUGGUACAAACGAUUCGCCGAACUGUUUAAUUUAUCAGUGGAAUGGAAAGCUGUUUGUUGUCAUUCAGAAAAUAGCUAGAAAAACUCAAAGUAUUUUCACUUUUUUUUACGAUAAAUGGUGACAAGUACCUUGCAGUAUCAAACCCUCAACCUUGGCGUCGUCCCACAGAACCACAUGCUUUCAUUUACAAAUGGACCGGAAGCCAGUUCAACAAGUUCCAAGAAGUAGCAACUGAAGCAGAUAUGGGAUGUGAUGUGUUUGAAAUAAACUAUGAAACUUUUAUUGCCUUUGCAAACGCUAAUUACUCCCAACAGUCGGCAGUUUUUAAGUUGUUAGGGGGACGCUUUGUCAAAGUGCAGUCUCUUCCUACUUAUGGAGCCUAUGAUGUUAAGUCUUUUCAAAUAAAUGGUCACACAUUCCUUGCCUUUUCCCGCCACAACUCCUCCUUUAUUUUCAAGUGGAAUGGCAACAAAUUUAAUCUGUUCCAGUCCAUUAGCACAGCCUCGAGAUUGUAUCCAUUUGUGAUCAGCGGUCAAACGUUCCUGGGUGUGGCCAAUCCCCGUGGUGAGAAUAAAAAGUUUAAUACAAAAUCUGUUGUGUACCAGGCCGUAGGCUCACGAUUCGUCAACUACCAGGAGAUUCCUACUCACGAAGCGUUUGACAUGACGUCAUUUGAGUACAAAGGUGAUACGUACUUGGCAGUGGCAAAUUAUGGCCAUGGGAUAGGCUACGCCAACAGUUCCCUGUAUAAAUGGAUCUAA